AUGCUAGUUGUGGGUUCGAUGACAACUCUAGAGUAUGAUGAGUGGCGACGCAAAAGGAUUAAUGAUAACAUCCCGGAGUUAAACUUGGAAAGUGCUCGACUAAUGGAAGAGUAUCUACAAGUGAUCCCAUCAGAGUUGGAGAUUAUAAAACAAGAUUUUAAAAAGAGGAAUUCAGAGCUUGAAAAUAAAAUAGAACAGUUGGAAGAAGAGAAGAUGCACUUGAGGCUAGACGUCGACGUCCAAAAAUUAGAAGCUGAAAAGUUAAAGAAGGGGAAAAAUAAAGUAGAGGUAGAUCUCGAUAGCUUAAAGACGGACUACAAGAGGUUACGAGUAUCAAUGAGAAUUGCCGAACUGGGAAAGACUUCAGAGCAAUGGCGACAGGAAAUCCAGGAAGAAAGAAACAAAGCCGAUCAGUGGGAAAGAAAGUCCCGGGAGACUCAAGUUCAGAAAGAGGCCUUAGAGCGGCAGUUUUUAGAAACUCAAAAUUAUCAAGCGGACCUGAAAGCUAGAAUAACGGAACUCGAGAAAUCACUUGCUGCAUAUAGAAGUCGUAAUUCUGUAGUGGAACUAAGGACAAGUCUUUGCAAGAUUGAAGGAUUGAAAAAGAGGAUAGAAGAAUUGGAGUACACAUUACAAGGCUGUAGGCAACGGAUCGAAUCUUUGGAAGGAAACGAAGAGCGUUGGAGGGAGCAACUUCAUCAUUCGCAGAAUCAAAUUCAGAACAUGGAUUACAUUAUGGGCAGAGCUAUUGCUCAGGUUCAGGAAGUAGCUGAUCAUUUGCAAAUAAUGGCGGUUCAGGCUAAUGUUUUAAGUGUAAAGUACGAACUAGAAUCGGAUCGGGGUCAGGAGUUAGCUUCAUUGUUGAAAGAAGUUAGAGCUCUGAGCAUUAGGGCAAAGCGAUAUCUGUAA